AUGUCUCACGCAGCGACAUUGAAUGCGCUCGCCGGCAGUCUCGUGACGGCCAUCACAGGCAUUGCCAAAAAUGAUGCUUCAUUCGCUGGCGUCCGUGAUCAAACUCUCAAAGGUCUAAAAGAUCAAAGCCAUGCUCGCACAAAUCAAUUCGCCGUCAAGGCCAAGCUGGAAGGGAUGGCGGAGAAGUUGGAAGUCCUCAACAGAGAAGACCUUGCGAACGCCUUUCAGUCACGCCUGGACGAGUUACCUCCAAACUCAAGAUAUAUGCCUGAGAUUCUGUCUUUCCUGCUGGAACUGUCAAACCGUCCUGCAGAGAAAACGAUUCUCAAAGACGUCGAACAAGCCAACGGACCUGUGACUGUGGAGAAAGAAUUGACUUGGGAUGACAUCCUCGCCGAAGACCCACUGAGUGACUCUGAGAUAUGGGAGAAUGUCGAGCGAGGUUAUUUCUCUAGUGGCGACGACAGUUUCGAAGAAGACUCCGACUUGACGACRUCCACACAGGCAACUUCGUUAAAUGGCGAAGAUACUGCGGCAGUUGCAAGAACUCAUCUCAUACAGUGUGACGCUACACUUCUCUCCGAAGCGAAAGACACCCGUCAUAGCUGGGAGCCUGCACGAAGUCGUGACAACGGUCAUGUCCUUUCAGAACUCACCAUCGUCCGUGAAAUCGUCUACAUGAUGCAAGGACUACCGACCAACCUCUUUCACAUGGACGCGCCUUCGGGUCGAAUAUCCUUGGCCCGCCGAGCUGCCAUGGCUACUGCAAGUUCUCACUCACUCUACGACGWGUUGAACAUUUGCGUGAGGACUGGCACCAUCAUCAACUAUCUCAGACGCUUCAUUGCCAGCCCACAAGACAUUCCGUACUUGCAAUCGAUUCAGAGCUGCAUGCACAAACUGUGCAAUCAAUUUAGUAGCCAGCUCGGUAAAAUUGAACAGCGUUACAUUACCUCUGGAGAUGACACCGUCGUCAGCGCUAUUCAAGUGCAAACAGAUAUCCACCAAGCAGCUGCUGUGCUGAUGCGUCUGGUUACCAUUAUCAAAAGCGCGUCUGGGAACGAGUCACCAUUCGCACUCCUGGACCGUUUAUACGACGAAGCCAUCCUCAGCCAACUGACUGACAGCCCCGAAAUGUUUCAAGCCUUGUCUUCGAUCUUUCUAGCUGGUCUGGCAACAUAUCUGCGCCCGGUGGCUGCCUGGACCAAAACUGGCUUUCUCGCUGCCAAAGACGAUGGCACAUUCUUUGUCGUUGACUCCAACCACAACUGCGAACUAGGUGAAUUCUGGCACGCCAAUUUCUCCCUACGUUACAGAACAGAUGAUGUCCCGAGCGCACCUACGUGCUUUCACACAUUCGCUCCAAAGAUCUUUGCUCUGGGCAAGAGCAGAGCGCUCAUGAAGCGAUUGACCCAAGAGCGCGAAGAAGUUUUCGACGGAAUUGCUCCAGCUCCGUCAUUUGAUACGCUCUUGGCUAAAUUACGCCAGGACUCGCUGGUGCCUUUUACCCAGAUCCUACACGAACGGUUGGAUUCAUGGAUUGAUGAAGUCAGCACGGAUUGUGCUCCUCAGCUUCAGAUCAUGCUGCUGAACGACCAUGGACUGCUCAAGGCCAUUACUGCUUUGCCGUAUGUCUACUUCUCUCGUGACGGCAUAGCAUUCUCAGCAUUUGCCGAUGCACUUAUUGCUCGCAUGCCUGGCAUUAGUUCAAGUUCCAACUCGUGGAGCGAUCACUUCCUACUCACAGAGCUGGCGCAUAGUAUCUUCGGCGGUAUACCUGGUGUAGACGCAGACAAUGUCCACGUCGGUACACUGUCCGGCGAUAAGCAGGAGGGUUCGCCGGCAUCGACCAGGUCUACAGUCAUGCAAAAGCUCACAGAGUUGGAGAUCAAGUACAAUCUUCCGUGGCCAGUGCAGAACGUCAYAAGAUCGACUACACCAGCGAUCCACAACAAAGCCUUCAUUUUCUUGCUCCAGGUCUACUGUGCUUCAAAGAAAAUCAAUAACCGCUUCUUCGAACUCCGAUCCGGAGAAGCGUCAAACGGUGCCGCUUCCGAAUCGAUACUGAAACUUCGGCAACAUCUGCUUUGCUUCACCAGUCUCAUGCAGGCAUACCUUACCAGUACCGCUCACACUCUGCACCAAGAGAUGGAACGGCGUAUGAAGUUUGCAGAGGAUAUCGAUGCCAUGGCAAAUGUUUGGGCCAACCACGAGCGCCGUCUCGAGACUAGUCUGUUGCUCACGAAACGUCUUGGCCCUGUACGUGAUGCAAUCAUUCGCAUUUUAGAAUUGAGUGAACUUAUUGAUACGACGACUGGAAGGACGAGGCUUACAGGACUGCUGGAACAGUUUCAGCRGGACAUGUCAUUUCUCAUCACGGGCGUGAGGGGUGUGAGUCGGGCUGGUGGUGAGUCUAGUCUGGAAAUGCUGGCUGAGAGGCUGGAGAAUUUGGGAUGA